CCUUCGUCGGAAACGGUGCGUUCUUUAAAACUGAAAAAAGUCAGCCGAAGAGUGAGUGGAAGGUGUGAAUCUUCGCUAUAAGGACUGCAGAAUGUUGUGGGCGGCGAAAUAUGUUUUAUGCGCUCUGACAUGCGUUGCAUUUGUUUCAGGUAUUCCGCGAAAUGAGCGCCGAAGGCGUAUUCUGGAGAUUCCCGAGGAGAAAAAUGUGCCCACUAAUCUGGUCGCCUCCCUUGACAUGAGCUGCGUGGAGGCCAAGGUCAUGCCCCCACAGAUCAGUCACGGACGCGUGACCAGCUUCGACAGGCGCCGCAAGGGCGAGAAGGUCUUCUUGGUGGCCUACUUUUCCUGCAAUCCAAACUACGAGUUCGAGCAGGUUGAGGCCACAAUGAUGUUCUGUUCCAACCAGAACUGGGUGGGCAACAUACCCACCUGCCUGCCCCUGGUGGACUAUCCCGAUGGCGAGGGCGACGGUGACGGCGAUUUCGAUGGCGAGUUCGACGAGUACGAGACCGUGGACAAUAACGAGGACAACGAAGCUGAGGACGAUGAGGAUGAGGCGUUGGCGGACUUCAACGAGAAUGAGCCUCCACCGCCGCCACCACCACCUGUCAAGGAUGAGACUAGCUCCUCAUCUGGAGGCCAACCCCAGCCUGCAGUUGCCAGCAACCUGAAGCCUGAGCCUGAAAUUGUGAUCCAAAUCAAUGAAAGCAGUAUCGACGAGGGGAUCGAACCUGCCGCUGCUCAAGAGAAAGUGGAAAGUCGAUCUGCCUUUGAAGCUGAGGUUCUCAAGCCCAAAGUUGAAGUAGCGGUGGAGACUGAAGUCGUUACUCACCAGGAAUCAGAGGUUGAAGCCGAACCUGAUCCCUACGAACCCACUUUGUUGGGUCAUGACUGUGACCAGGACAAUGCCGGUUGUGCCCAAAUCUGCAAAAAGUUGCUCUAUCCAGAUGAGAACGAACCCGUCUACAAAUGCGAUUGCAGGGAGGGUUACACCUUGGAUCUCAACGACUAUACCAGCUGUCUUGACAUUGAUGAGUGCCAGGAAUCGAAUGGCGGCUGCUCGGAAAUCUGCAACAACCUACAAGGAGGCUUCGAAUGUGCCUGCCAAGCUGGCUAUCAAGUGGAUUCUUCAACCGGAAAAACAUGCGUGGACAUUGAUGAAUGUGCCAAUCCUGAGCUGUCAUCGGACUGUGAGUCUGGCUGUGAAAACCUGCCGGGGUCCUAUCGUUGUGUGGUGCCACUGGUGACCCAAUCCGAAGCCAAAGAAUCCUCGAAAACAGUCGAGGAAGAAACUACGGAAGAAGUAAAGAAACAGGAAGAACCCAAGGAACAAGUAUACGAUGUACCCGUAGAGGCAGAGACGUCGGAGAAGCCUCCUGCCAAGCCGACCUGCAAUCCAGGCUUUGAACUCUCUCCCGAUGGUAGCGACUGUCUGGACAUCGACGAGUGCCAGGGGGAUGUGUCCUGCCAGCACAAGUGCGAAAACACGAUUGGCUCCUUCAGGUGCAGCUGCCUCGAGGGCUUCCAUCUCCUCGACGACCAACUGAGCUGCACCCUGGAUGGCUGUGCCGAUCUAGACAAUCCCCAGUUGAACCGCACCCGGUGCGCCCACGAGUGCGAGGAUGUCCGGGAAGGCGGCUACCAGUGCAAGUGUCCCAAGGGCUAUCACCUCGGCGCCGAUCAGCAUUCGUGUGACGUCACUGAGACGGCUUGCUCCCUGCAAAAGGGUCACGACAAGUGUGCUCCCGGCACUUGUCUAUCCAGCGAGGAUAAUACCAGCUUCGUCUGCGAGUGCCCGAGGGGUUACAGGAGCGUUGAGGACAACCAGGGCUGCCUGGACAUCGACGAGUGCGCGGAGGAGUCGCACCUGUGCAGCCACCACUGCAAGAACACGCCCGGUGGCUAUCAGUGUGUGUGCCCCGAGGGACUCAACCUGGUCGAGGAGUACACCUGCGUGGCCGAGGAUCGCUGCGAGGUGAACAACAACGGCUGCGAGCAGAUCUGCCUGACUGCCCGUGGCGGAGCCUGCUCCUGCCGCGAAGGAUUCCGCCUCAGCUCCGAUGGCAAGAGCUGUCUGGACAUUGACGAGUGCCAGGUGAAGAACGGUGGCUGCCAGCAGGUGUGCCGCAAUCUUCCAGGUUCGUAUGGGUGCGUCUGUGCUCCGGGCUAUGAGCUCCUGAAGCUAGACGGCUUGCGUGGCUAUUGCUUUGACAUCGACGAGUGCUCGAGGGGCGUUCACACGUGCGAGGAAGACCUGCUUUGCGAGAACCUUAAUGGUUCGUACACCUGCCUCUGCCCGCCGGGCUACGCUUUGGGCCUGGACAACCACAUUGACACGGUAUCACCUAACACCACAUCCUCACAAGAAUCACUCUCAUUCGAUCGCUCAUCCUGCUUGGACAUUGAUGAAUGCUCUUUGGCGAAUGGCAACUGCUCCCAUUUCUGUCAGAAUCUGCCCGGUGGCUUCCAGUGCCUCUGUCCCCUGGGCUAUGUCCUGUCCGCGGACAUGCGCACCUGCCAGGACAUCGACGAGUGCCUCGACAACAAUGGGCAGUGCACGCAGCUUUGCUUGAAUCAGCCCGGGGGCUUCGCCUGCUCUUGCCAGUCGGGCUACGAACUGAGCCCCGAUGGGUUCGGCUGCGCGGACAUCGAUGAGUGUUCCCAGAACUACGGCAACUGUAGCGACAUCUGCAUCAAUCUUUUAGGUACCCAUGCCUGUGCCUGUGACCGUGGCUAUGAGCUGUCCAAGGACGGCAAGUCCUGCCAGGAUGUGGACGAGUGCGCCGGCCUGCUCUCGGGUGGCUGCACCCAUGAGUGCAUCAACAAGGAGGGCUCCUUCGAGUGUGGCUGCCCUGUGGGCUACAAUAUCGACGAAGAUGGACGCAGCUGUCGUCCUGCUUUGGUGGGCUGUCCUCCGGGCAGCAAGAGGACCUCGUCCGGCUGUGAACCCAUUGACUGUGAACCAGGCUUCACCCUAGGAUCAGACGACAAGUGCGAGGACAUCGACGAGUGCCAGGUGAAGAACGGAGGCUGCUCCCAUCGCUGCGAAAACAGGGAAGGGUCCUUCAAGUGCAGGUGUCUGCCGGGUUACGAACUGGGUCAAGAUCAAAGGACCUGCCAGGACGUGGACGAGUGUGCCUCCGACAAAAACAGCUGCCAGGCCGGCAAGUGUGUCAACGAAAUUGGUGGCUUCCGGUGCGAGUUCCCGACCAUCCUCGAUCUACCAGAAGUGCCAGUUAAGCCAAAGGAACCAGAAAAUCCCGCAAAGCCUUCGGUGCCAGAGUGGCCAACCUAUCCAGAUAUAUCAAAUGAGAUCACUAAGGAGCCCAAGUUCCCCUCCUUCCCAGAGCUGCCUAAGUAUCCUGCUGAACCACCCAAGUUCCCCUCCUUCAACAUUCUUCCAAAAUCGAAACCCUCACUGGAAAAGUUGCCUGAGGUGCCCAUUUUGCAGCCCAGGGAUCUCUGCCCAGAGUUCCAAGCUCCACCGAACAGUCGGGCUAGGUGCAACAAGUAUCGCCAGAAGAAGAAGCAAUUCUACAACAGCCGCUGCCGCAUAACUUGUAAUCCAGGCUACGUCCUCCAGGGUCCAGAGCUGAGAACCUGUGGAGCUUCUGGAAUCUGGGAAGGUCCUGAAACCAAAUGUGUGGCUAUAAAUGUGUCGCCUUUUGAAACUAAUGGAGGUUGCAGUGCUUUGAAACCAGCACGAAAUGGAGUCAUCUCUCCGGCCAGUUGCACUCAAGGACCUUCCCAACAAGGUGCUAUAUGCAGCUUGCAUUGCAAUCCUGGAUUUUUCUCCUCUGGAUCCGGAAUGACCGUCUGCUCGUUGUUUGGUGGCUGGACCUUUGGAGAGGAUCUGAAUUGCCAGCCUUACCCCUUUGGCAACACUUUCAUUGGCAAUCGAUUAUCCUGGGCUCCAACGCAGUCGCUUCAGAAUCUCGAACCCGUACGAACUCAAGUUCAAAGGACUAGACCCUACAUUAAGUGCCCAGAGAAUGUGGUGAUCCUUCUGCAUGCUGGUGAGAAAAAGGCGCACGUGACUCUGCAGAGCCCGGCCACCAAUGUGGACAAACGGUAUUUGCAGGCUCACCCUACUUGGGCUGGCAGGCUGGAAGCACAUCUCCCAGCCGGAAUUCACAAGGCCCGCUUCAGGGUUCAGGAUCCAAAGACCAAGCUAUCAGCUAGUUGUGAGACAAUCAUCACCAUAAAGGCAGCUUCCCGCCCAGUGUCGAAUCCUUUCAGCUUCUCUUCGGGUCGUCUGGAGUUUCCACGAUCAUCGCUCUCUGAACCAGCUCCCCUGUCUACGUUUUCCUCAUUUUCCACGUUUCCCACCCGGAGUUCUGCACCCUUUCCCAAGUUUGAUUUCUCAGAACCGGCUCCCAAGCCAGCUCCUUUCCCCGAAUUUUCCACCCACAGUUCCCUCCGAAAACUGGACCUUCCCCGUCUCAGCGCCAAAGAACCUCAACAAUCUGCCAAGCUGGUCAGUCAGACUCCGCUUCGGGAGAGUUCUCGCAUAGACCUGGGUUCGGACACCACCAAUUUCUGUCCCCCAUCGAUCGAGGUCACAUUGAAGGAGCAUCAAAAUCUGCGAUCUGUGAUCUGGGAGGAGCCCCGCUUUAAUGGCAAGCUCCUCAAGAUCUACAAGUCUCAUUUUCCUGGUGCCCUGUUUAAACUGGGAGAUCAUCAGGUUACAUACGAGGCCACCACAACCGAUGGUGUUGUCCUAAGCUGCAAAUUCCAUAUUUUUGUUAGAGCUGCCAAGCCCACUCCUCCUCCCGCCAAAGUCGAAAUUGACUUCGAUUCCGAGCCCAAGUCCGGUUCCGCGCCAGCCGAGUUGCGUCAACUGGAGGACACCGAAACCUAUGUCAUCUGUCCCGACAAGGACCCCGUCCGGGUGACGGCCGAGCAAUCCGCCAACCUGCCUGUGGGCUGUAGUGUGAAGAUCGUGCGCCCGCAAUCGAGUCCCCAGAGGCAGCUGAAACGCGCCAAGCUCACCUCGCUCUGGCGUCCACCGACUAUUUUCUAAAAACAUAUACCUAUAUGGUGUUUGUAAACUAUAUAGCAUAAUAAUCACUAUUCAGACAGUUUAAUCUGCCGGCCAGUGAACUACUCGAUGCGCAAUUUAUACAAAUAUUUUUGUACGACUUUUAUAUGAAUAAUUUAAAUAAAUAUUUUUAAAGAA